UUUAUGCGCAUGCGUGUGUCAGACAGGAAAAACAACUUUUUGUUCUUUAUUAGGUGACCAAACUCUUCGGGAAACAAGAAAACCUGGUAUUUUUUGUGACGCUUUCAUUAACGAAAUUUCUCUCCUGUAUACAUUUUCUCGUUUUUUAAUGUAAUUAAUUCAGUUGAAUUAUCGACUAUAUACUUAUUAAUAUAUUUGGGGAACCAGGAAUUGAAGGUGAAUACUAUCAAACAUACAAUGUAUUGAGGGCAACCGAAUGCAUCUGAGAGAAAACAAACAUACAACCUCGCACAUUCAGAGCAAGAGUAAAGCAGUGUCUCAGUACAGAGAUGUCUCCACGAAUGGACAACGUCAUGAAUCUGUGCUGUGAAUUAUCAGCUCAUCAUCAAAUCAAGGUUGCUGUGAAAAACUCCACCAAAGGAGCAGUGGUGGCAGGAGGAGCUGCCUUUGUAGGCGGGCUGCUCGGUGGACCUCCAGGGAUUGCAGUUGGUGGAGCAGUUGGCGGUCUGUUGGGCAGCUGGAUGACCAGCGGUGAGUUCAAGCCUCUGCCUCAGAUCCUGAUGGAGUUGCCUCCUAACCAGCAAGAGAAGCUCUAUAAGGACAUCAUGGCAGUGUUAGGCAGCCUGGACUGGACAGAUGCAGCUCAGCUCCUUGCUCUUGUGAUGGGCAACAGCACUCUCCAGCAGCAGGUCACCGCUGCACUGCUCAGCUACAUCACAAAGGAGCUCAGAGCAGAGGUUCGUUAUCAAGACUGAGUUCCGGCUCCUCACGGACUUUUCAAGACCUUCAGACCUCCCAAACUCAAUCACAGUGCAUAUUGAUGUAUUUUACAUCUAACAGAAAAAAAUGUGAAUACUCGGUUUCACUUUCAUAGCUCUGCCAAAUUCUCAAUUAGAAACUUUUAUGGGUUUAGCAAUAAUGUGGCAAUGCUGGCUUUAGCACAAAUGCAGUUUUGCAUAACGGACGAAUGCCAAAAAGGUACUGUGUUCUUUCCUGAUUAUUUACCUGCAAGUUCUCAGAAUUAAAAGGGCUAUUUUUAUAUAUACAUGGGGACGUGUUGGUGAUGACCCAGGAUUUUGGUUACUUUCUCAGUAGCAGUGCUUUUUAACGAGAUGCCACACCACCACAGCUGUCAACAUCACUACAGGGUUGCUUAGCCUUUGCGAAGUGUCAUCACAGUGUUACAGCAAUAGUACACUUUUACUGUUAGAUACGUCAAUAGUGUGAACAACAGCGCUGUUUUGUGUGAGUGUGUGUGUAUUAGAAGUGGAAAAGGAAACUGAAUUGACUAAAUGUAAGUAAAAUUAUGGCUUUUGGCUUAAAGUUGCCCAAAUUGGUAAAUAUAUGAAUUCUAUGUAUACUUCUGUUUUUCGAAAUCAAGGAUCACUCAAUCAAUAAUGUCAUUUGGUUGCAUUCUGUUGCAUUUGCAUUGAUCCCCCCCCCCCCCUUUUAGCCCCCUGUUAAUUUCCAAAUUUACUGCCAGUUACUGAAAUGAAAUGAUGCUAAACUGGUCACUGAAAAAUGCUGACAGGCCAGAAAUGUUUUUAAAUUAGUUACAAGUGACAAUAAAGAAAGUUGGGAUUGUGUUUUUGUAAAAUAAUUGCAUAA